CAUAUACAUGUGAAUUUCAAUCGUAAACAAGACACAUGAUUGUCUGCAAAGUAAAAUUUUUACUGUUUUCGUCAAUAAUCAUUCAAAUAAUUUUCGUGGUUAAUUCUUUAAUCUUUGAAAACAUGCAGCGAAUCGAAGCAAAUUUACUAAAAUCUAAAUUCAGAGGCUCAAUAUUGGGCGUUUUAGCCGGCGAUUGUUGCGGACUUCCAUUUGAAUUUGAAGAAAACUUGCAACCGCUUGUCAUUAAAAAUAACUUGAAUCGACUCGAGGGACCUUAUUACAAGGCUCCUUUCAAAAAAUACUCCGACGACACAGCGAUGACGAAAGUUUUUACCCAAACCCUUAUCAACGGAUAUUCGCAAAAGGCUUUGGCGAAAAAUUUCACCGCCGAGUACUUCAGGGAACCAUCACGUGGUUACGGAAACGGCGUCACAAAAAUCUUCGAAAAACUCCGAAAAUCCAACUUUGAAGACGUAACUCUUCCCGCGAAGAAUCAAUAUUUCGGCACAGGCUCUUACGGCAACGGAGGCGGCAUGCGAGUUGCUCCUGCUGCCCUUUUCUCGCACAACGACUUGCAAAACUUGACGUCGCUCGUUCGCGAAGCCACCAAAGUCACUCACACGCACAAAUUCGGCAUUUACGGCGCUUUGCUUCAAGCGUUUGCCGUUCAACAAGCGAUUUAUUUGCAUCCAAAAGAGAAUCCUCUCGACGUUUUUCGCUUCACGGACGAACUUUUGCAGAAAAUGAGGGAAAUUGAAACAGCAGAGGACGACGGGAUGACGGAAAACAAGAAGGAAUUCCAAACGCAACUCACGGAAAUGAAAAAAUUACUCGAAAGAGCGGAGCCGCCAGAAGUUGAGACAGUCGUUGAUAAGUUGGGACAUUCGCUAAAUGCGUUAUUUUCGGUGCCAACGGCGAUUUAUUGCUUCUUGCGGAGUCACAAGACCCCGAUGGAUGCAGAAAAGAACGGUUUUCGCAACACUUUGGAGUUUGCGAUCAAUUUGGGAGGCGAUACUGACACAAUUGCAGCGAUGGCAUGCGCUAUUGCGGGAGCUUAUCACGGAGAAGAAGCCAUUUCCGAGAAUUUAUUGAAGCAUUGUGAGAGUUACGAAGAAAUACGAAAUCUUGCUGAUCAAUUGUUUGAGAAAUUUAAUGAAAAAAAAUAA